AAGCCUGCAUCAAGUUAUUCGAAUCUUGAGGAGGAUCAUGGGGAAAGCGAAGGACCUGUGACGAUCAUUGAUACCAACAAUGUUAAUCCUCAAAAAGGAAAUGUCGGCCAAGUAAGUCAAGCAACAAACAGGGGAACGACCUACAAUCUCCCACUGAAUAUCCGACCCAUUCAGGUACAACCUGCUCCUCAGUAUGGCUCUGAGCCCGAGCCAGCGCAACCUUAUGCUCCAAAACCUCUUCAAAGAAUAAAUGUGCAGCCAAGCCUAGGCUAUCAAGAGCAGGGUGUUGGUUAUGGUCCACCUCAGCCGCCAUUCCAACCUCCUUCGCAGCCUCUUCUACAGCCACCCCCAAUUCAACUACCACAACUACCACCAGUACCUGCUUAUCAGCCACUACCAACAUACCAAAUUUCACCACAGGCGCAGCCUCAGCAGGUAGGAUUUAACUUCUAUUGUACAGAAUUUCUCGCCUCCCGCUGA